AUGUCAGGUGACGGCGACAUAGAUAAGCGCCGAUCGGUUCGCGAUUUUUUUGAUGCAUUAAUGGCUGGCUCUCAGCCCAACACUAAGUCAUCGUCAAUGAGCGCUAACCUCGGCAUUAGUACUACACCGCGACCCGACUCCGGACCGAUAUAUAUGCCAUAUGCAGUGCCAGUGCCGGCCGGUCCGCAGGCAUCACAACCACACGUGCACUUUGCAAACCCGCCGUCAUUUAGUUUUCCACCGUAUAGACCAUCUUCUUCGCCAUCGCCGGCUUCAUCAUCGCGACACCCACUGAGCUAUGGACAGGCAUAUGGAGGUAACGGACCAUCAUAUGGAAGUAACGGACCGUCAUAUGGAAGUAACGGACCGUCAUAUGGAAGUAACGGACCGUCAUAUGGAGGUCACGGACACAGUCACAGUCAUAGCCAUAAUCACGGACCGCCAAGUUUUGGUCCAUUUUCACCGCUGUCGAUGCCGCCGUUGCCGCCACAGAGUCAUCACUUCCCGAUUCACAAUCACUAUGACCCGUAUGGUCAACACAGUCGACCCGUUGCUAUUGCCAUACCGUUGCCAUUACAUGCUAUACCAGUUCAUAUAAUACCACACAAUGAGGACGCUAUACAUAAAGACAAUCAAUACGGUGACUACGGGGACGGUAUGGCCGCCGCUGCCGCCGCCUCAACAAAGUUUACAUUAUUUGCCGAUCCAUUUGAAGGAUUAUCAGAUGACGAUCUGUUUGAUGGUCAGCAAAAUGCACGACCACUUCCACUACCUUUAAAAUAUAUACCAAUACAGAAAAACACUGAUAAUUAG